UGGGACGAUAAGUCCUGAUUGCCAUGGCCAUAACCUUCCCUUUUUGUUAAGACUUGUAAGUCUUCAACCCCAUCAUCUUCCUUUUAUUACAAUAAAACUCUUAAACCAAAAACACCCGCCGGCCAAACAGCCCCUAACUUUCUCACUUGCUUGCACAAUCCCAGAAAACCAAAACCCAAAAAAAAAAAAAAAAUAAUAAUAAUAAAAAAAGAAAACAGAAAUGGGUAUAUGACCGUGGCGGUAUCAUCAUCAUCAUCAUCAUCACCUGUCUUGUGAUAAUUUCUGAUCCAUUUCUAUUACAGUCUUAAUCCCUAAAUUUCCCUCUCAAAAUUAACUCAAAACCCUAAAAAUUGCAAACGAAAAGGAAAUGGCCACCACUACGACCACCAGUCUGGGCGGUGGCGCUGAUGAUCGGGUGAUGGCCACAGCACAGCAGAUCGUCAAGAGUCUUAACACUCCAAAGAACGUCAGAGAGGAUAUGCUUCUGAUCUUCUCUAGUUUUGAUAACCGGUUAUCCAAUAUAACCGAUUUGAUCAAAGAGGAAUCUUCUCGAUUAGAUGCCGCCGAGAAGGUUAUUUUCCGUUGGGAUUCCUCCCACCACUCUGCCCCGUCUUGGGAAGAUGCUCCGGAGGAGGCCGCUCAAUAUCUAACUGCUGUCGAUGAAAUUCUUGACUUGUUGGAUGAUUUGUCUCUUCGGUCUGAUAAUGAAACCGUCGAGCGGGCUGAGACCGCCGUCCAGGUCGCUAUGUCGAGGCUGGAGGAAGAGUUUCGUCACCUCUUGAUUAGGAAUACGGUUCCCCUUGAUGCGGAGCGGUUGUACGGAUCUAUUCGGCGAGUAUCGCUCUCUUUUGUAUCAACCGAAGGGGAAAUUGAUGGAGAAUUUGGGAGUUUCGGAGAGGUUGAUAGUGAAAGCCCGUAUUUUCACGAGAGGGGAGGGAGUCUGGGUGAUGAUUUGUGUGUGGAUUUGAUAAAUAGCGAGGCCCUAGAGGACCUGAAAGUGAUUGCAGAGCGGAUGAUUCGAUCUGGUUAUGAAAAGGAAUGCGUUCAGGUUUAUAGUAAUGUUCGUAGAGAUGCUUUGGAUGAGUGUUUGGUUAUUUUGGGAGUCGAGAAACUGAGUAUAGAAGAGGUGCAGAAAAUUGAUUGGAGAACAUUGGAUGAGAAAAUGAAGAAAUGGAUACAGGCUGUUAAGAUUGGGGUCAGGGUUCUUUUGACUGGUGAGAAGAGGCUUUGUGAUCAUAUUUUUAGUGGUUCUGAUUCUGCUAAAGAAAUUUGCUUUAAUGAGACUGCAAAGGGGUGUGUGAUGCAAUUGUUGAAUUUUGGGGAGGCAGUUGCUAUUGCCAGGAGGUCAUCUGAGAAGCUGUUUAGGAUUUUGGAUAUGUAUGACGCAUUGGCAGAUGUCUUAUUAGAUUUGCAGGCCAUGGUGACAGAUGAAUUUGUGUGUAGUGAGGCUAAGGGAGUGCUGGCUGGACUGGGAGACGCUGCAAAAGGGACUUUUGCGGAGUUUGAGAAUGCAGUUCGGAGCGAAACUUCGAAGAAGCCUAUGCUUAAUGGAGAGAUUCAUCCACUUACUCGCUACGUGAUGAACUAUGUGAAAUUGGUUGUGGAUUAUAGUGGGACACUGAAUUCCCUUCUGGAGAAUUAUGAGGGUGAGUCCAAAGAUGAUGAAGAAAGCACAACUCCUAUAGCAAGGAGAUUGCUGGCCUUGUUAUCAACUUUAGAGUCAAAUCUUGAGGAGAAAUCAAGACUGUAUGAUGAUGCUGCUAUGCAGUAUAUAUUUCUGAUAAAUAAUAUUUUGUACAUAGUGCAAAAGGUUAAGGACUCAGAACUUAUCAAGCUUGUAGGAGAUCAGUGGGUUCGCAAACGCAGGGGCCAGAUACGCCAAUAUGCUACAGCUUAUCUUAGAGCUGCUUGGACUAAGGCCUUGUCUUGUUUAAAGGAUGAAGGGAUUGGUGGGAGCUCCAGUAAUAAUGCCUCUAAAGUGGCUUUGAAGGACAGGUUCAAGAAUUUCAAUGCACACUUUGAAGAAAUCUAUAGGAUUCAGACAGGUUGGAAGGUCCCAGAUCCGCAGCUUCGUGAAGAGCUUCGAAUAUCUAUAUCUGAAAAAGUUAUACCAGCAUACCGUGCAUUUCUGGGUAGGUUUGGGAAUCAGCUAGAAAGUGGAAGGCAUGCUGGGAAAUACAUAAAGUACACAGCAGAGGAUUUAGAGAAUUAUUUACUGGAUUUGUUUGAAGGGACACCUCUUGUUCUUCACCACCUGAGAAGAAAAAGUUAAUAGGAUACAGGACUUCUGUAACAGAAGGCACCAUGUCCAUGUUCCUGAUCAACUGGAAGCAUAAGCCCCUCAAGCUUCCUAAUAAACGUGGCCAAAGAACGUGCAAUGUCUGGCACUGAAAGCCAGAGGGAUCAAUUAAGAAGGAACAGGCUCACGCUCUUCUUUUCUAGUACUUAAGCUUUAUUUAUUGCUAAUAUAGACAAGUUACAUCAAUUUGUAUGCCCGAGCCAUGAGGGACUCUUCACCCCACCAAAUGGACCACUCUAGUGGAUUUGCUGUCUUUGUCUUUCUGUGAUAUAGAGGCUUAUAUCUUAUGGCUGGUUGGCCAGUGUGUUUCUUGAUUUAUGGAGGUGUCGUUUCUUGGUCCUAGUAGAAUGGAUAUGGAUGGGCAUUGUUAGGGUUUUAUUUUUAAACCAGGGAAGAGAUUUGUGGGGUUUAACUGUCUUUUUACCCUUUUCUUUUCAAUGAAUAAUAUAAAGAGAAAAAUUAAAUA